UUAUCCCCAGGAACUCAUGAAGCUGCCAGCCCACUAGCCGAAGCUCUGCAAAGCCCUGGAACCGAUGUUUGCCUCCAUAGCUGAGAAUGGCAGCAAGGCCCAACCAGCAAAGGUGAACCUGGGACACUCCUGGACAGUGAUCCUGAUGUCUGUUCUGAACCGCGCACUCAAGGGAGUGAUAAGUGACCUCGGCCUGCUGGGCUCAGGCAAUCCUUUCACCUCNNNGUCGCGCUGGUACCUGUACGCCAUCCACGGCUACUUCUGCGAGGUGAUGUUCACGGCGGCCUGGGAGUUCGUGGUGAACUUGAACUGGAAGUUCCCGGGGGUGACGAGCGUGUGGGCGCUCUUCAUCUACGGCACGUCCAUCCUCAUCGUGGAGCGCAUGUACCUGCGCCUGCGCGGCCGCUGCCCGCUGCUGCUUCGCUGCCUCAUCUACACGCUCUGGACCUACCUGUGGGAGUUCAGCACCGGCCUCGUCCUGCGCCAGUUCGACGCCUGCCCCUGGGACUACUCGCAGUUUGACUUUGACUUCAUGGGCCUCAUCACCCUGGAGUACGCCGUGCCCUGGUUCUGCGGGGCCCUCAUCAUGGAGCAGUUCAUCAUCCGCAACACGCUCCGCCUGCGCUUCGACAAGGACGCCGAGCCAGGGGAACCCGGCGGGGCCCUGGCCCUGGCCAACGGCCACGUCAAGACCGACUGAGCGGGGGGGCGGGGGGGGACCGGGG